GCAUUACAACUACUAACACAGUAUUUGAAGCUUGUCUGGAAGCUGUUUCUCAUUUAAGGAAACCCUUAUCCCGUCACUACUGCACCUGCACAGCAGCUCCUAAAACCUCAGGACCUCAAAUGGCCUCGCCAUCUGUGACCACUCAGCCUCUUCCGUUUGGUCUGGAAAGGGAGAAACACAUUGACAUGCUCUUCAGAGCUUUCCACAGCCAGAUUAGACCUACUGCAGACACGCAGGACCUCACUCCUGUGCUCCAGGAUACAGGCAGGACAAGAGGAGAGGAUGGAGGACCUGGAUGGAACGAGACAGACAAUGAAAGACUGGGAAAACUGUCUGUUCUGAGAACAGUCACAAGACUUCGUAUUAUUGCCAGACCAGAACUGCGAGGUCCUCAGUGUGUAGCCCGGAGAACAUACAGCAUUUCCACAGAAAGCAGUGAUCAGCUCUUUGUGGCUGUGGAAGAGAGCUCAUGCAUGUGUAUGCAGUGCUGCGGUCCAGCUCGAUCCUGUUCGCUACAAGGCUUUGAUAAGGAUGCAGAGUGCGUUUUUCUGUUUGAGAGGCCUCUGAGAGCGGAGAUGUGCUGGCUCGGCUGCUGCCUGAUGGAAAUAAGGGCCUAUACACCAGAGAGAGAGCUUAUUGGGACAGUUCACCAAAGGUGGAGCAUGUUCACGCCGUAUUUCGAGGUCUGUGACUCUGAGGGCAUCUCGGCCGUAAGGAUCCAGGGCUCCUGCUGCAACACUCGCUGCCUCUCUGAGCAGGAGCUGCAGCUGGUUUCCAGUAUCGGUGAGAGUAUUGGGCGCAUAUGGAAAAGGUGGCCUGGAUAUAAUGAGGAAUGUAACAUGGAUCAUGAGCAUUUUGGACUGGAUGUGCCUCAAGGAAUGAAUUUGAACACCAAAGUGCUGUUACUAGCUGCUGCCUUCCUGCUGAAUUAUACGUUUUUUGAGAUGAGCUAAUGCUAUAAAGCAGGGUUCCUCAAAUCUUUCCCUGGAGGGCCAAUCUGCUGCAGAGUUUAGCUCCAACCCUGAUCAAACUCACCUACCUGUGAUUUUCUAAUGAUCUUGAAGACUCUGAUUAGCAUGCUCAGGUGUGUUUGAUUAGGGUUAGACCUAAACUCUGCAGGAGUGGGCCAGAUUUGAGGAUGCCUGCUAUAAAGCUUCAAGGACAUGAAAGACAUUUGCUUCACCUGCUAACAUCAACUCUGAAGUGAAAGUGUGAACCCAACAAUAUAGAAUUAUGGUGACUCAUAAGAUGUUUCUAUGACAACUGCAGGGAACAUAGACGGCUGAUGCUUUUCUGAACUAAUUGCAUCUGAAUUUGUGUACAUCAGGAAUCUCUGUACAGAGCCUCUCUACACCUCUGGAAGGUGAACUUAUUUGAACUUAUUUGAUAGACAAAUUUCUAAGUUAUGUAAUAACCAGUUUUACAUAAUCUACUACAUGCCUUCUAGUUCAUACAACUUUAGCAAGUAAAAGGCCUUUUAGUAUCAUUCUAAAAAUAUCCACCUUCAGGUCAUGGUGCACUGAUUUUAUUAAGCAAGCAUAAAAAAUAACUUUGAUAUUGUUAGUAAUAUUUCAAUAUGAACAUUUACAUGGACUAAAUCCAUUUAGGUUCACUUGAUUUUUUUUUUUUUUUUUUAGAAAAAUCAUGUUAAAAUGUAUCAAAUAUGAUACAACAAACUUUUGAGUAACAUUCAUUUGUUCAUCUCUCAAUCAUCAUUGUAUUGCAUAGCAUUAAAUGUUUUGCCCCACAAUAAAAACUAGAUUUGGUCAUGAAAAUAAGCAUUUAAGUAUCAUUUCACUAAGAAGUUAUUGUUAUUACCUGAUAUUAAUGUUUUUUAUGCAAGUAGUGCUAUACUGUUAAAAAGAUUUUAUUGAUUUACAUUACAAACCAUCAGAAUUUUAUCUUACUUUUUGGCCAUAAAAAUAUCAGAAACUGAAGCAAAGUGCUUUUUUUUUUUCAGUUAGGGCCUCUGAAUUUCUUUGACAAGUAUGAACUCUGUAUUUCCCGUAUCAUACUAUAUGGGCCGUCAAAGCCUUAUGUAUCAAAUAUGAUACUCAAAAACACAUAAGCAAACUUGUUAAAACAUUUUUUUUUCCUAAAGUCGCAUUAGUGUGUUCCAUUAAAAUAAAAAUAUUUUUCUUAAUAUUAUUUGAUGUCAUUCUU